AUGGAGUUGGCAUCUUCGAGCGUUGUAGUGGACAUCGGGGCGGCAAGUACCCGCGUGGGUUAUGCGGGUGAGGGGAAUCCGUGUCAACUGCUGAAUUCGUGUAUUGGAGUUCGCCUGCCUCGCGGCGGCGCAGGGGAUUCGAACGCCGCUGACCGCAACCGAAGCGGUACAUCCCGCGAUCUGAUCUUCCCACUCAACUUCUCCGAAAGGCGGGACGGUGUGGAAGUGGUACCUGCGCUGAUUCCGACCUGGCGCGGGUCUAGUGGCAAACGGAAGGGCGACUCAAGCCCAACAUAUACGCUAAACGAAGAGGCUUUCGAGAACCUUGUAGCGCUCAGCUGCACAGGAGCACGCUCCUGUCGUCUCAGCUCUACGGGUGGAGGCAAGCCGCCAGAUUUUUCAAGCGCCAAUGGUUCAAGUACUCCAAUCCACAGCAACCUCCGCCUCACGGAAUUGUGCGGCAUCGGGGCAGACCUUCGGGAGCAGCCAUUGCUCAUUUCCGAACCAAAUAUACACUGCCGAAGCAUAAGGGAAAAAAUGGCUGAGAUACUUUUUGAAGGACUGCAGGUAGGAUCUCUGUACACAGCGAAACGGGCUCUUCUGUCCUGUGUUGCGUUGGGGAGGAGUAGCGCAAUGGUCAUCGACGUGGGGGCAUCUGGCCUUUCUAUUGCCCCAGUUUCCGAUUCAUUCGUCCUAGACCAGCAUGUUACAGAGUGGCCGGUGGGUGGAGAUGCAAUGAGUCAGUUGCUUAGCUCAAUCCUUAUGGGGCACAACCUCCCUGUACACCCCAGUUUCGCCCGUUUUUCCGCCCAAGGCCGGAUGUCGAAGAUUACAUUAGACAAGCCGGGGGAUUGGGACAACGUUCACGCUUCCUACAUGCAUUGGAGCCGCAUGCAAACUUUGUCUUUUCUAAAGGAAGGGCUAUGCCGCGUAGCAGACGACCCACGAGAUGUAACAUUUGCGCGAAAGCCCAUACUCUUGCCUAGCCAACAGCAGCAGGCGAAGAGACGUGGAGGUGCUGCAGGUGCUUCCCCAGAUUGUCCCACAACAUCCCAGCUCCUAUUCCCGUGUUUGACAGGAGCGUCCGCUGCUGCUUUGCUCGCUAGCGGCAGCGGUAGCGAAGGGGGCAUCAUGGAGCUGCCAGACGGCACACGCCUGGAGGCGGAUCAAAUUCCUGAGGUGCUGUUCUAUCCCGCGUUUCUUUCAUUAGUGCCGGGUGGCGGUGGUGGCUUUCCCGGCCUGCCGGAGGCAGUACGACAAGUGGCGGAGGCGGUUGAGACCGAUGGGAAUCGCGACAUUCUUAGCGUAUUGAUUCUCACGGGAGGCUGUUCCUGCAUACCAGGAAUGGUUGAGAGGGUCAACCGAGAGUUGGUGGACGAUCCCGCUGUCUGUGGAGGCCAGAAAGUUAGGUUGCUUGCGGUGCCUGGGUCGCAGGAACGCCGGUUUUCUGCGUGGGUUGGGGGCUCGAUGCUUGCAAGUCUGAGCUCCUUCCAGGCUGCAUGGUGCAGCCGCGAUGAGUAUGAGGAGCAUGGGCCAGCGGUUGUUCAGCGGAAAUGCUACUAA